AUGUCGACACAGAGUUCAAUCUCGAUUUCUUGCCUCGGCCGCCCUUUCCAGCCGGGCAUGCUGUACGAUUGUCGUCGAGACGAUGUGAUCCCUGCGAUCACUCUAUGGAACCCGGACAAGCUCAAGGAUAAAGAUGCGCUCAUCUCGGAACCUCUAAACUUCGUCAAAACCGAGCUCAUCACCGAGGACACGGUCAAAGAGAAAUCGGAGAAACUCGACAUAAAUGCCUCGUUGAAGUUGAGUUUGUUGGGUGGGUUGUUGAAGGUGGAGGGAUCUGCGAAAUAUCUGACCGAUCAGAAGAAGUCGAACAAGCAAAUGCGAGUGAGUUUUACCUACUCGAUGACAUCGCGCACCGACACUCUGUCGAUGGCCCAUAUGAGCCCCAACGACAUUCAACACCGUGAUGUUUUCGAGAAAAACGAGGCCACUCACGUGGUUACCGGGGUCACCUAUGGCGCCGAUGCGGUAUUCAUUUUUGAGCAAGAUAUCGGCAAUUUGGUGAAUACGACGGACCUCGAUGGUAGUCUAUCAUCUAUGGCGAACUUGGUCAAGAAAUCGAUCACUGGAGAUGGGAAGGGAAAAUUGACGACAAAUGAGACCGAGUUGUGCAAUAAUCUUCGAUGCAAGUUCUAUGGGGAUUUCCAGUUGCCUCAACCACCUAGCAAUCUGGAAGAGGCGAUGAAGGUCUACCGCGAGUUGCCCUCGAUCAUCGAGAAGUGUGGGACGGUUCCAAAAAAGGUUUGGCUGUACCCGUUGGUCAAUUUGGACUCCAAAGCUGCUCGUCUAGUACGCGAGAUCGAUUUGAAUCGAAUCGUCGAAACCGAGUCGAUCAUGGAGGGUCUGAACGAAGCCGAGAUCAAAGUCAACGAUAUCCUCGAAUCGUGUCAUCCGAUGUUCUUGGGAUUGAAGCGACAAGCAAACGAUUUCAAGAAAUAUCUCGCCGAGUUCAAGCUGAACUUUGGCAGCAAGUUGCAAACCAUUUUACCGAAAAUUCGAGGCGGUACGGAAGACGAGGAGAAGUUCGUGGAGCUCUUGAAUGAAGUAAAUCAGUCCUCAUUUGCUCCAUCACUUCUCCAACAUUGGACCGACGAGAAACAACGUGAAAUCAACAGAUUGAACAAUCUCAUCAAGCAACUCAAAGAGCGUCUAACAUCGAAAAACGUGACGAUUGCCUCGAAGCGAAACGAUGUCGACAGUGUGUUGGACGAUGCGGAAAGCGAUUUGGUGCUAAUUUUGGUUUUUCGAGUGACCGGGAAAACGGAUUUGUACCUGCGCCACUUAGAGAGUCAUCUUCGUGCUCUGCGAAUUUCGACGGAUAAAGAAGGCGAAGAAGAAGAUCAUGGGCAAGAUCAUUGGUUUCCAAUUGUUAAAGAAACGGCGAUGACAUUCAUGAAAUUCGCCGAAAUCAAUCAACACGAUAAACCGGUGAAGUUCGUCGUUCACUCCGAGGAGGCAAAAGAUGGGGAUCUUUGCGCACAAAUACAUUUGCAUCACAUUUCAAAGAAGAUCAAAAAAGAGUUCACUCUGCCGUCGACACCCGGAAAGCCGACGUUUCAGAUUGAAUCGAAUCCGAAUGAGCCCGACAAGCCGAUUGUCAAACUGCAGUGGGAUAGGCCGAACGUGGGCCUUGAGAAUGUCACCUCUUAUAAGGUUCAGUACUUGCCACACUCACCAGAGAAGGACUGGACAAAAAGUCAAUUGUUUAUAACAAUGGAUACCGAUCCAACAGCCAUAAUCCAUGGGCUCAACCUAGGAGAAGCCUACGUUUUCAGAGUUUGCAGUUGUUGUGUUGUGGGCGAUGGGGAGUACGGUGAGGUGAGCAUCCCGAUCGCCAUUGGAGAGCCAAAACUGGAUGAGCAAGCUGUGGUGGAUGAGACCGAGCCAAAAGAAAAUGAAGACAAGCAAAAGAUUUCACAAUCGGACGUUUGGGUAACCGUUCGUCAUGGUGCACCAUUUCCCGCUGAUGCUGUCCGAGCAAUGGAUCGAGAGCUUAAGGGCGGUGACUCGACCACCCAAAAUAGCUAUGUUUCCGUCUGGUAUGAUAUGCGAGGCAAGGCGAAAUUCGGCCGAGCCUAUAACAACAAUGGAGUCGUUGCAGGAUGCCACCCACGAGGCACCAUGCUCACCUGGAAAUCGUACACUACAUGGACUUCGGUGGUACGCGAGAGCACCGAUGGGGGCGACUUUCUGAUUUUGACAAAUCCUAACAAAAAUGUGACCUAUCGAUGGGUGAAACCGGUCGAGUUGAGUGACCCGACUAACCGUUUGAUUACCAUCGACGACUUUUGUCCGGCUGUCGUCUCAGCGUCGGGUCGGGAAUUGCUGGGAAUGGCGUCACCAUCGACCUCCGUUGCCUGGACCACCUAUGGUAACCAAAGAUAUUAUCAUGAUGGAAAUGAAUACGACCAAUGUCAUUUGCUAGUUCGAGACUUU